AAACUACACAGAAUUGAUACAACAUAUAAAGAUGUAUAGAAUAUCCAAAGUAAAGUAUAUAUUAUAUAUAUAUAUAUUAUAGUAUAUAUUAGCGGACUAAACGAAUCUUCACUUAAAUUCUUUUUUAAUUAUGUUCAUAAAAAUAUAAAUUUGCAUAUUUGCAGUCUAGUCGUAACUUUGCACAUUUUAUUUUAUUUUUAAUUUUAUAUAUUGUACGUAAAUUCUAUAUACUUCUACUCUUUAAUAAACGCAUAACAUCCGGUAGUCUAAUUAUAGAUAAAAUAAUCGAACGAUCGGCAACUUUUCUCAUUGCUCCUUUGGUAAAUCACGAUUUCUUCUAACGCCAUCUGACGUUGCAUUUCGUAAAUAUCUAGUGUCAAGUCGAAAAACGUUUAUUAUAUGGAAGAAUUCGAAAAUUUAAACGGGCAAGUUUAGUAAGUCGGAAUGCGUUAAAAGUGUCAAGACUCUCGUGCAAAUCCCGAAGACGUGAUCACCGCAGGAAAAUACGUAUUUCGUUGUUUUGAAGAUCAUAUAUCAUUUACCGGAUUCCGGCGGGAGAUACAAUCGUGAAACCAAGGCACUUUUGAAUAUCGUAUCGUUCUCUAUUAAUCACUUGAGAACGAUCAGGAAUCACAGAUCCGUGGGUUUUUUUCUUAGAGAAAUAUCGCGUUAGAUCGAGAACAGAUAUUUGUAACAUGGCGACUCAGAAUAGGAAUGCACUUUGCAAGUCGUGAAUCUAGACCCUUUGCUAAGAAUUCGAAAAAUAGAAGUGUUCAAUAUUUAAACGUCACAACGGCCGAUCAAAAGUACUAUCUACUGUUGAAAUUAAAUAAUAAUAAAUGAGAUACAAUAAGAGAAACGAGUUCAGGGAAUUUAUUGAAGGUCGUAGAGAAAUGAGAUAUAUUAAAAUAUAAGAUACAUGGUUUAUAUUUAAAGUGUUCUCCUGGAAUUUAUGUUAUUUGUUCGACUAUUAAUCAGACAGUUAACAUUUUGCAUUAAUUUAACUUAUUUCUUUACAAAUUAUAUUUAAAAUGUUUAGAUAUAUGCUAUAUAUCCAAUGAAAAAAUACGACAGGAAAAGGUUGAAUUUGUGAAUGAUAAAUGUGUAGCUAUAUUUUUUUGUUAAUGAAUUUUAUUUUCAAAUCGAAAUUUAUUACAAAUUUAUGUAAAUAAUACUCACAUAUUUAGUGCAUUAUAUAGUAUAAUACUUGCCUUGUUAAGAAGUACAAAAGUUCCUCUAGAUUUAAGUACUAUAUUUUGUAGCAUUUUAUAUAUUUAUUUUGACUAUGUAUCAUACUGUGUAUCCACCACAAAUAAUGGUGCAGAUAAUGGGUGGCCAACAGGCAAAUGGACAGUGUCCACCAAUUCAACCACAUACAAUGCACAUUCAUGGUGCAAGUGCAUUCCAUCAAGCAGAAUAUGUAAAAUAUCACACAGAUGCUUGCUCUCAGAACAGACAUAUGAUUCAAACAGGAUCUUAUCCAUUGGAGCUAUUGAUGGGGGUUGAGAUACCAUCUUUAAGGCAUGUGGAGUAUAUGCAGUCAAAUAAUGGCACACAACGAGGACACUGGCAGAGACAUGUAAAUACAUCCAACAACACAUCUCUUAUACCUUCUCCACAUUUUACUUUUAGACCAAACAAUAACGGUUUGGCAAAUAAAAAAUCAAACUGGUAUAAUAAAUUGAGUAAAAGAACUUCUUUCCGAGAGUCUUUCGUAAAUAACGAAAAAUACGGCAGUGAUAGCGGCUUCAGUUCACGAUCUCCCACACCGAAUAAACAUCACAUCGAUAGCAGUCGAACAGAGAGCUCGGAUGAACGAGAUUCUGUAAUUUCUUCGGUAGAACAAAGUAUGAAGAAAUUAUUCUCUUACAGAAAAUCACACAAGAUGCUUCCAAGUAGCGUUACAAACAACAGAGUAGUGCAAUAUGGUAUAAUUUCAAAUAGUCCUAUGCACCAAUAUUAUCAGAGUCAAAGAUCUAUUAAUUGCUAUCCCGCUACUAUGUCAACAUCUAGGAGUCAAGUACAAACGUAUCAGAAUAAAAGAAGGUAUCAUUCAGGAAGGAACAGUCCACCUCCUCAAAGAUCACCUAGAAAUAAAAGAUACAUGGGAUUCUUAUCACCCAAUUAUCAUGUGUUUCCUAGAUACGGAAUUGCUCCAGAUCGAUUUUUAGCUAGAUCACAUUUGGUUGAAGUAACCCGUACACCGGACGAUUUACUUAUUGGAUCGGUUUGGGAUAGACUUUCGAAAGAAAUUUGGUCAAAAUUUAUGUUAAAUCAACAGACUGAGAUUGUUUAUAGGAACAAGAUGAUGCUUUGGAGAUAUCUUUAUGUUUAUAUUAAGACUGCUUUUCCAAAAUAUGGUUUAUUCUUGGUUGGCUCUACGAUGAAUGGUUUUGGGUCUGAUAAUAGUGAUGUUGACAUGUGCCUUUUAGUGAGGCAUACAGAAAUGGAUCAAAGGAAUGAGGCUAUUGGGCAUUUAGAACAAAUAUUAAAAUGCCUCAAGAGAUGUGAUUUUAUAGAACAAUUAGAACUUAUACAAGCAAAGGUGCCAAUUCUAAAGUUCUACGAUUCAAUACAAAAUUUAGAAGUUGAUUUAAAUUGUAAUAAUGCUGUUGGCAUUCGGAAUACUCAUCUUCUUUACUGUUAUUCUCGGAUUGAUUGGAGGGUGAGACCAUUAGUACUUGUGGUUAAACUUUGGGCUCAAUCUCAGAAUAUCAACGAUGCCAAGAACAUGACAAUAUCCAGUUAUUCCUUAGUUCUUAUGGUCAUUCAUUUUUUGCAGUGUGGUGUUAAUCCACCAGUUUUACCAUGUUUACAUUCACUUUAUAAGGGCAAAUUCGCACCACAUACAGACAUUCAUUGCAUAGAUAUCCAAGAAGAAUUGAACAUUCCAAUUUCCAUACUUCGGCCUAAGAAUCGACAAACUUUAGGGGAAUUGUUUGUGGAAUUUUUUCGAUAUUACGUCAUGUUCGAUUUCAAUCAGUAUGCGAUAUCAGUUCGGCUGGCAAAUAAAAUAGCAAUAGAAGAAUGUCGAAGGGCACGAUCUUAUAAAAAUGACCCUCAUCAAUGGAAGUAUCUAUGUAUCGAAGAACCAUUCGAUCUAACUAACACUGCUAGAUCAGUUUAUGAUCCGGAUGUUUUUGCAAGGAUUAAACAUGUCUUUGAUUGUACAUACCAAAACUUAAAAGAGCAUCAUGACCUAGCCAGGAUAUUCAUCAAGGUGGAUUCUACUUCACCCUAUAUCGUGACGUAAUCACGUUUGUGCAGGCUGGUACAAAAAUACUCACAUUAUCUAGCAUAAUUUUAUAUUUGAAAAACGGUUUAUUUUUGCAAUUGGCCUCUUUCGAUAUAAUUCGAGGCAAUUCGACUGAUACCACUUGAGAUAAAAAAGUACAAUGAGGUAAUUUUACACUUACCUAGAGCUAAUAUGCUCGUAUCUUGUGAUAAUAGCCUGCGCUUUUGUGCAACGGCUCAUCUGUUGCGUUUAUAAGCUCGAGUUUUUCUCUCGUCUUGUUUCGUUUCUGUUUUAUUUGCUUUUUUAUAAACAUAUAAAACCACUCACAGAGAGCUCUAAUACGAUAAAAAUAGAACAUUCAUAAACUUUCUUUAAACAUUUAAUAUGAAAAUGUAGUAGCAUUCGUAACUCGAUAAAAAAUGACACUAAAUCAAAUCGAAUAUUCGAUAGUAGUAAUUGUAUGUAUAUGAAUGAAACACUUUUUUUUGUACAAAAACAUUAUUAUCGUUUUCAGAAUCUUUUCAAGUUCACUUCGGUUCGUAUGCUUUUUUAUAUAUAAAGUUUUUUUUCCCUUUUUCAAAAUUCUCAAAUACGAAAAUACGGUGCCUUACAUUUAUAGGCUACUAUAAUUUAUUCGAUACGUAGCCUCCCAUUGAUCUAAAAAGUAUGAUGCAAAGGUCUUAAUUGCCCUUGAAAAUUACUUCUAGUAAAAAUCAAAAUGGGUUCAAUGCAAUGUAAAAAAUGAAAGAAAAAAGCAUAUAUUUAAAAUUAGAAGAAUGACAUGUCAUCGAAUUUUCUUUCGACUAUAUAAAAUAUUUAUAUGCAAGAUGAAAAGUACUUAUUCUUAAUUUAAUAAACAUAGAGAACUUAAAUUUACACAUAAAAAAGCAUUUAAAAAAAUAUCUCCUUGAGAUAAUGAAAAAAAAAUUAAAAAGCAGAAAAGAUAAAAAAUUGUUGUUCGAGAAAAAGAAAAAAUUAAAAAAAUAUAAAAAUAAAAAAAAAGAUGUUAACUAGAUGUACAUCAAUAUUGUCAACAAUAACAGCAAAAGAUUAGUUAAAAUCAAUUGGUCAUCUUACUAACAUAGUGAUGAUUAAAUUCCGAUUAUUUAUAUCAUGUGCCAAACAAAUAAAUUAUUUUCGUCUUUACUUCGUGAUUCACGCAUUCUACCCGAUAUGUACUUCUUAAAGAAAAAAUAUUCUCUAUGAAUAAUUAUAUAUUAAAAAAAUUUACAAGUAGACUGAACAUCACUAGUAUAUUAUAUAUUAUUAUAUUUGCAAUAGCGUUUCUUCUAAGGUGAAUCAAUCAUCAAAGUUCCUAUUUUCAAUUUAAAAAAAAAUAAAAAAUCUUUUAUUCCAGUUCUAGUCUAAUUUUGACUAGUCUUUCAUAUGAAAAAUAACAUAUUAGAUAUUUAACAUAAUGUAUAAUAAAAACAUAAGGCUGUGUUAACAGUAUGAAAUCUGUGAAAUGCUGUGUACAAUCUUUGGGCCUGUGCAAAUUGAAAUAUGUUAUUUAUAAAUCAAAUAUUAAAAUUAACGAUUUGUUAAAGAAAAAAGUCAUUAUUUUUAUCAAAAUUUCCUUUUGUAUGUACUGAACGAUUUAGUCAAAUUUUCGAAUGAUUAGCGUAAACAAUGUAUGUCAUAUGUAUAUUGGCAGGCCUAAUAUAUUUUUCUAAUUAAUUUACUUAUUUUUGUAACUGAUAUAAAAUGAAAACUAAAUAGUGUUAAGUAUCUUCUUUCGCUCAACUGGAAACUCAUAAUCUCGUUUAUUGUCAAUUCUACGCACAUGUUAUACAAAAUUUUAAGGCGAUAAUAUCAAAUUUUUGUAAUUUAGAUUUUGUUGUUAAAUAAAAACUAUUUAUAUACACAUAGAAUGUGACCAUUAAUUAAUCAUAUUAUUAUAAAAUUUUAUCGAAAGAUUAACUUUAAUCGAAAAGUGGUAUACAACAUGUGAUACUUUAUAGGUUAGAAACGAACGAAAUAAAUUUGUUUCUUUUCAAAUUAAAUUUAUUCAUUUUCUUAAGAUUUCACAAUGAAUUUCCAUACUAUAUUCUGCAGUUAGCGGUGCGCUGUUGGUCGGAAAGAAGAAAAGAAAACAAUUUUGUGUCAUAUAAUGUGUUGUCUUGCUUUUUUUCUCUCAUUUUUAAUUUGUUAUAUGAGUCAAUUAUCAAAUUCAUUACCGCGAGAAGCCAGUAUAAACAGAAAAUAGAGAAAAAAGAAAAAUAAAAUAGCAGGGGGUAUAUGAAGGUAAGAAAAGAACAAAAAAGAAGAAAGUAUCUAAAUUAAAAGAAUUAGCAGAUAGAACGAUGCUUUAGUCAGUACAUUAGAACUAAUAAAAUACUUUGAACACUAAAUGGACUACUUUAUACCGUUAUAGAUAAGAAUAAUAUUCAAAAUCCAAGUAAUUUCUUGUUUUUUCCCAGUAUUCCUUUUCUCAAAACUGCAGUUGUCUGUAUCUGAAAGAUGCUGUUAAAGGAUUAUAAUGUUAAUGAUUGGAUUCAACAUUCCCAUUUUCUCCCGCUUUUUCUUUUUUUUUAGAGUACAUUGUCUUAAUUGUUUCAAUGUACAUUGUGAUUCGUCACCUUUUUAGUCAUUCAUCUGCAAGUCGUAUAAAAGAAAAAACACAAAUACUGAAUGAAAUUGUUUUUUUUCAUUCUUGCGCGCUCUCUCGACCCCUGCGGUAAAUAAAAUAUAUACAAUAUAUAUACCGGUCUAAGCAGAAAAGAUAGAAAUUAAUUAACAUGAUCAAAAAUUAAUAGGAUUCCUUAUCGGAUAGCGUAAUGUCAAUUAUCACGCCAAGCUUCUGAGAAAGGAUUCCUCCUUCACGAUGAUACUCAAGUGUCGGCCUCAUACUGUUUGACGACAAUUCGAUCGGCAACGUUUCAUCGAUGAUGGUAGUUUUUGUCGGUUAAAGGACAAGCCAAUGAUAAGGAUGGUCUUGUACUGUCAUUGUUUUCUUAUUAUUGACGUUGUCGCGUGUCCACGCGUUGCAAGAACCGUACUUUUUCUGUUGUAAUUUUCUUUCGCAGCUUACAAGAUAGUGAUCGAAAGAGGUCUAUAUGAACCAUCAAAAAACACGAUAUUUUCAGGGUCCUGUAAAAUCUCUAUAGGGGCAUAAUUCGUUUCUCUCUUUCUCUUUCCUUCCCUUGGCAGUAGUUGUUCAUCCUAUACCUUUUCUAA